GAGCUGCAACGUAGGGAGAAAUACUUUAAUUUAUUCUCCUCACCCGUCCUGGAAUUUGAGCGGGGUAUCGGUGCUAACCACACGCGACUCUUGCGAGCGCUCUGAAGAUUUACAUGCCUGCGAGGAAAUGCAGCCUUUGUUUCAUCUUGCAUCUGAAGAGCUUGACUUGCAGCCAUGAAGCGCUCCAUCGCAGCUUGCUGCGAGCCGUGCCUGGUGCCACCCCGGUGCCACCCAUCACGAUGGGUCCGCGGGCACUGCUGGUGGCCCCGUGAAGCCUGAGGAGGCCACAGGCCGGGAGGCUGGGCCCGACCACCACCAACCCAGCCUGGGUGCUGUGGCUGCUGAUAGCAAUCCCCAGCUUUCCAUUUCAAAUGUGCUCUCGUGUGUAAUUUAUGGCUACGAGCCCUGCCUCGUGUUUUCUCGCUGCACACUGGUUGCUGAGAACAAAGUUGGCCUUCAGGAAGUUUUAAACCAGGCCCUCUACAUAAGGCUGUUGAAUGUUUCUGAAGAAAUGUAACAAAGAAGUAACUCCCUAUUAGGCUGUGAGAGAGGGAGACAAUACAUGAUGUUUCUUUGUUUGAUGUGGCACUUUGUUCUGUGUUCAGCUAACACAUGACUGUUCACCACAGUUGGCUGGAGAAGCUGCCACAGAGCUUCGUCAUGAGCAUGGCAGGGUGCAAAGCUGGGACGGCGACACGCGUUUUUGAGGGUUGUCUCACGAGCUGUGGUUUUUCUUCCCGUUUUAACAGGUGGUGGCCUUGGGAGAAGUGCCCGAUGGGACCGUGGUCACUGUCAUGGCUGGAAACGAUGAGAACUACUCUGCAGAGCUGCGAAACGCUUCUGCCGUGAUGAAGAACCAGGUGGCCAGAUUCAAUGACUUACGAUUUGUGGGAAGAAGCGGAAGAGGGAAGAGCUUUACUUUGACAAUAACUGUCCUGACAAAUCCCCCCCAAGUCGCUACAUACCACAGAGCUAUAAAGGUUACAGUGGAUGGGCCAAGGGAGCCAAGAAGGCACAGACAGAAGCUUGAUGACUCUAAACCUAGUUUGUUCUCUGAACGCCUCAGUGAUUUAGGGCGCAUUCCUCAUCCCAGUAUGAGAGUAGGGGUCCCGACCCAGAGCCCACGGCCCUCUCUGAACUCUGCACCAAGUCCUUUUAAUCCACAAGGACAGAGUCAGAUUACAGACCCCAGGCAGGCACAGUCAUCCCCGCCGUGGUCCUACGACCAGUCUUACCCAUCCUACUUGAGCCAGAUGACUUCACCGUCCAUUCACUCCACAACUCCCCUGUCCUCCACUCGAGGCACAGGACUUCCAGCCAUCACCGAUGUGCCCAGACGCCUCUCAGGUGCUUCAGAGCUGGGCCCAUUUUCAGAUCCCAGGCAGUUCACAAGCAUUUCAUCCCUCACUGAGAGCCGCUUCUCCAACCCACGAAUGCACUAUCCAGCCACCUUUACCUAUACACCGCCAGUCACCUCAGGCAUGUCACUGGGUAUGUCCGCAACCACUCACUACCACACCUACCUACCACCACCCUACCCCGGCUCUUCCCAAAACCAAAGUGGACCUUUCCAGACCAGCAGCACUCCAUAUCUCUACUAUGGCACUUCGUCAGGAUCAUACCAGUUCCCCAUGGUGCCGGGAGGGGACCGCUCCCCCUCCAGGAUGCUUCCUCCGUGCACCACCACGGCCAACGGCAGCACGCUGCUAAACCCUAACUUGCCCAACCAGAGUGACGGUGUGGAGGCGGAUGGCAGCCACAGCAGCUCCCCAACCGUUUUGAAUUCUAGUGGCAGAAUGGAUGAGUCCGUUUGGAGGCCGUACUGAGAUUUCUUCUGCCCGGCCUGACCUCUGCGAGCCAAAAAACAAACGGUCGACUAACUACGAAGUGCCUGGUUUUUGUUUUUGUUUUUUGUUUUUCCUAAAAAAGAAAAUAGAUUUUACCAAUAUGUGCAACUGUGUAGAUGGGAUGAUAAUGGCCAUAAAUAACACGAGAGUUACCAACACACCACCACCCAUGUUUCAGAUUAUGUGGAUCAAAGCACAUAUUAUUUUUUUCUUGGAACCGUUUUACCUUGUUUCGUAUUUAAAAUGUACUUUUUACACACAAAAAAAAUCCCCCCCACCUUUUUUUUUUUUUUUUUUUUUUUUUUUCCUCAAGUGUUUUAAUAGCGAGUUCUUUUGCCAAUGAGGAGAGAACGGACUCCCCAGCUAUCAGGAGAAACAUGGUGAUGCAAGGCAAAGGCUGCAUUCCCUUUUAUUUUUUAACAACUAACCAUGAACUCCAGAUACAGUUGCAAUCAUACAACGUACGGGACCCUGCUCACACAAGUAGUGCAAUUCAACCGGCUUGUAUUGGUGCACAUAAAAAGGAAAGCAAAGAUCAAGUUGCUUCCAUUUUGCCAUGAUACAUUCAGAUGAAAGUAGCUGUCCCAAAACUCUGUCCAAGCCUUGCUGCAGAUAACAGUUGGAACUUCUCUGUGUUCAUUGCUUUUUUGGUCUGUUUUGUUUUUUUGGGGGGUACUUAAUGAGAACAAGUUUUCAAGUUAGGCUAGACAACCCUGGGGUUUCCUUUUUGCUUUUGUGUCCAUUCGUUUUGCCUUCGAUUAGCCAAAAACCAAAAAUAAAACCCAAAACCUUUAAAAACAAAAAGAAAAUGUUAUUACUUAUGCAAAAUAUGAAAAAAUGGCAAUAUAUAUUACUAGAGCCAAAAUGGUAUACAUAGUAUUUGUGUUUGGCUAUGUUCUUUUUUAUAUUUUUUUUAAAUUAUAAGUGUGUAAAAUUUGAGGUUGUUUGCUAACAUGAAUCAUCAUAUAACUUUAAAAGAAUAUUUAUAAUUAUUUAAUGACAUUUGGACCCUUUAAACGUUUCUUAAUGUAAUGAUAUAUCGACUUCGGUCUCUAAAAAUGUUUGUUGUUUUUUUUUUCUUCAUCACAUUUCUGCAAUGGUGUAAACCUCAAAACUUGACCCAACUCUGAAAAGCAGUUCCAGUGUGAACCAGUUUACAAUGUGACUUAAAAAUGAAAAACCCAACCCAAACACAUCCACAUCAAAUGACUCUGGAUGUAGGAUCUUUUUAUAUAACUUAUGAAGGAAAUAUUGUGUUUAAAAUAUUUUAUUAGCUGUCUGGUUGCCUUCAACACAGUCUUGCCUUUUAAUCAGUACUUGUGGAGACACUGGAAAAAUGGUAGGAAGGAAGAAAUGUUUUCUACCCUUCCCCUGAUUUCUUUCUCUCCCAGAAUUUUUCUCAGAACUUCAAAAUUUGAAAGUAUUCAUAUUUAAAAGGUUCUGACAACAUGAUUUGAACUCUGACAGAUUUUUUUCCCAACAGAAAAAUCAAAGUCAUUUCAAAAGCUGUACUUUAAAACUAAUCAUUUGUUAAGUUUCUCAGAAAUGGGAGUAAGGGAGAACUGGUAAAACUUUUUCCUCCCCCUGAAAUUUCAGCCCAUUCUAUGGAAUAAAAAGGUUCAAAGUUGAGACAGAAACUUACCAGCCUGUUAGGGAAUCACCCAUCAUUAGCAUUAAAUGCUAGACUCCUAAAGCUGUUGUGUUUACUUUGCCAUACCAGAGAAACAAGCACAAGCUCAGCAAUACUCGCCUCCUCAAACCCAAUGCUGAAGAUAAAAGUCACCUUAAAGCCACCCCGGGGCUCCCAGGCAUGGUGCACCCACACAGGGAGAGCAAAUUGCACCCGAACCCCUUAGCCAACCUGUCUGCUGCCCAAGUGCCCAUUGGAGGGGCCCACGUUUUGCCCACCCUUGGUGGAGCAUUAAGCACGUGCUGAUGGGGUUGCCCAAGCAUUGGUCUUAACCCUUCAAAAGGGCUGUGACCGGCUGGCCCCCAGCACCCCCUCCUUCCUCUGCCUUCACAUAGCCAUAGCCAACGGUCAGGUUGAUGGUUGGGCUUGAGGAUCUUGAAGGUCUUCUCCAACCGAAAUGAUUCUGAUUCCAAGCAUCCUCCUCAGGGGCUGCCAGUCACGACGAUGCUCCUCGGCUGUACUUGGGUUACGUCCAAAGUAUCGCAAUAAAUCCAUGGUGGGCAUGGCCAUACAGAGCCACGAGCUCGCUGGACACCACAGCCACCAUCACCGUUAGUUGAUAGCAAAGCUGUUAAACUAAAACGAGUCAUCCUUAGCAUGGUACAUUCCUCCAAUUUGUGUGACUACGUGCUCUUAAAAAAAGUCUUUGCCUUCUAAAGGUUGUAUACCAAGUAUGCUUAAAGUAUAAGUAAGACACUUUUUUUUUUUUUUUUUUUUUUCUAAUAGUUUUCCUUCAAAGAUGGAAGCUGUAAUUGAUUCUAUUUAUUGUUGGUUUGUGGUAGCUUGAAGCAUACCACUGUCCAUUUAUUUGUAACUGUAAAAUACGUUUGUUAGUCUCAGCAGCACUUAAAAAGCCAGUGUCUGGUUACACAUUUCAGUUUUGUUUUUUGUUUAGUAAGCAAGAGAAAAAGAUGUACUGCCAGUGCAAGCUGUUUCCUAUUUAAUAAAAGGUACUAUAUUUGUACAUUAUUUGUUAUUGCUGAGAAGGGCUUUUUAAGGUUUACUGUAUGCAUAUUAAGUAAUUUUUAGGGUGCUUUUGUGUUGAAAUGUUGUUAGAGUGGCUGCAGGCAGCAACCCAGAUUUUUUUUUUUUUUUUUUUUUUUUUUUAAGACUUUGUUGUAAAAUUCAAGCACUUGGUUUUUGUUUCUGGAUAAAUCCAGCACAGACCAGACUUUUGUUUUGCUCAGUACCGACAGAACUCUGCUUGUGUCCCCAUGGUUUUUGACCUGUGCCGCUGGGGACAAAACGUUCAAAACGUCUUCUCCACCUGGUUGAGGAGCACAUUCCUGAUCCCUGCUCUGGGCUUCCAUCACACCGUGCAGGCUGACUUCUGACUCUGCCUGCUUGAGCAGACAGAUAGAAAGGAAAGGAUUUUCUAAGCACUUAUGGAUGGAGGAGCACCAGCCUGUUGCCUUUCGGGAGAUCCUGUGCUCCUGAAACCUCGUGGUGCCUUUGGAAAACCUCUCCCCGUCCAUCAGACUGGCGACUGAGGGAGUUGUGCAGGCUGACACAGAAAUGUACAUCCAAGCUUUUUGAAAACGUUUCCAAGUCCACUUGGAAACGCUUUUGAUUCAGGAUUUCAAACCAAAUAUAUAUAUAUAAUAAUAAGAAAAA